AUGGCGGUCCAGAAUGGACAGGAGAAUGUAAUUGAGUAUCUCAUAAAUCAUGGAGCUGAUGUGGAGAAGGCGACUGCAGAUGGACAUACACCCUUACAUCUUGCUGCAUCACUCGGGCGUCUUAAAGCAACGAAAUUUGUACUCUGCCAUGGAGCUAAUGUGGGCAGGGAAGACAAGGACGGCUUCUUCAAGGAGCUGAGUCAAGGAGCUAAGGUGAAUAAAGGAGAUAAAUACCGUAUGACUGCAUUACAUCUAGCUGCUCAGAAUGGUCAUCUCAACGUAACCACAUAUCUUCUCAUUCAAGGAGCGGAGGUGAAUAAGGGAGAUAAUGUUGGUGCUACUGCAUUACACCGUAAUGCUCAGAAUGGUCGUCUUGAUAUCACAGAAUAUCUGAUCAGUCAAGGAGCUAAGGUGAAUGAGGGAGAUAUUAAUGAUUUGAAGGAUAUCCAUCUUGCCAUACAACUUGCCAUACAACACGGUCAUACCUCCAUCAUUGAGAAGUUGGUUUCUGAGGGAGCAGAUCUCAAUAUCCAGUCAACUGACGGUCAGACGUCUCUCCAUAAAGCCAUUAAACUCUGCAAUAAGAGCGAGGAGAUUAUCCAAGGCACGGAUACACUAAAAGACAUCUCUGAUGAGUAUUACAAGGGCGAAUUAUCUCCUGAGAAGGCCUUGGUGUUUUAUCUCCUUGAGAAUGGAGCCAAGUUAGAUGUGAAGGACAAGGCAGGCAACCUACCAAUCCAGUAUGCCAAGGAUGAAGAGAUCAAGCAAAUGAUUUUGUCUAGGUGA